AUGCUUCCUGUUCGGCUCAAGAGGUAUGGUUGGUACAAUCAAAUGUGUGUCGUGAAGCUUUACGAGGGACGUGGUUCCAUGCUUUUGGGAAUUAGAGCCUCGAGUUCAACAGCACCUCAGACGACUGAGAAUGUAAACCCAAUAGAAAAGUACACAGCAUUCGGUGGACUACGAAAGCCGAAGAAGAGCGUUUGGCAUUACACGGAUCGUGUUGCCGGCAAGGGAUAUUCGGACUUCUCCAACACCAUAUACAACACCCGACCCUACAUUUGGCCACCUUUGAGGAAGUUAAACAAGAUAAAUGCUAUCUUGGUGGGAUUGGGAAUGCUGUUUUUACUGAUCGAUUUUGAAAGAUUCACUCAAGCACUUGAAGAAAUACUUUCAACCUCGUUAACCAAAGCGAGCCCUGAAGCUAAGCAAGUUCAAAAUGGAGAGGACAAGGAAGAAGAGCACCUCCACGAGCCUUUGCUAUCAGAAGCAUCUACUUCAAUUGAAAAGAAAAAGUAUGAAGAUCGCAUUCGAAACUAUUCAACGCCCGAUAAAGUGUUCCGCUAUUUCGCUACGUUAAAAGUUGUUAAUGAGUCCGGCCAAUAUGAAGUAUUUAUGACGCCAGAGGAUUUUGUUCGCUCUUUUACGCCCGGCGUGAUGCAACCUCGAAAAUAUUGCCUUGACCGGUUUAAAGUCUAUGAUCCUGAGAAAUAUCGUCACAAUUUUUCUGAUCCAUCGUCAAUUUUCUACAAACUUGGUGAAAGUGGAUUGAUUUCCUACAGCGAUUAUCUUUUUUUGAAGACACUGCUAUCGACGUCGCCAAAAGAUUUUGAGCUCGCCUUUCGCAUCUUUGAUAUUAAUGGGGAUGGAGCGCUUGAUAAAGAAGAAUUUUAUAAAAUUCAAAGCCUUGUCAUGUCUCAAACUUCAAUUGGACAGCGGCAUCGAGAUCACAUCACCCCGGGUCUUUCUUUUCGAGUUCAAACAAAUUCCGCCCUUGAAUCUUACUUCUUCGGCAAAGACGGUUCACAAAAACUUUCUGCUGAAAAAUUCUUAGAGUUUCAGGCUGAUCUUCAUCGCGACAUCUUAAAAAUGGAGUUUGAACGGCGUGAUCUGUUAGAUGGACAAGAUGGAAUCAUUUCUGAGAAGAGUUUUGGUGAACUGCUCCUAUUGCAUGCACAUAUUGAUGAGAAGCAAACAAAGACCAUGCUCAAACGAGUGAAAAAACAGUACAAAGGCUCUCAAGGAAUCACAUUUGAUGAAGUGAUGGCACUCUUUGCAUUGCUCUAUCAUAUUGAAGAGGUCGAUGUGGCGCUUCAUUUUCAUCGCAUGGCUGGUGUUUCAAUUGAUGGAGAGAUGCUACAGAGGGUGGCUAAAAAGAUCACUGGCAUCGAUUUGUCCAAUCAUGUCGUGGAAGUAGUGAUAACACUCUUCGAUGAUAACCUGGAUGGCAAACUCUCGGAUAAGGAAUUCAUCUCGGUGAUGCGACGAAGAAUGAGACGCGGGCUUGAUCACCCUGGUGAUACCGGUGUUUUCCGUUUUGGGCAAGCAGUCAUCGAAUGCAGCAAGCGUGCACUUUUUGAUUCUCCGUUGCCACUGUAUCAAUUGAAACAU